AUGUGGCCAGGUAGUCCAGGCUCUCUUUUUCCCAUCCGCAGACAGAAAGAGGUGGUGUAUGCAGUGAAGAAUGCCGAGAAGAAACGCAAGUUGAUCAGCCCUCAGCGGCGCAUACAGCGGCUCUUCGUUGAGGAGUUCAAGAAGACCUUCUUCUCCCCCAAUCCAUGGUACGAAUCCCCCGAGUUUUCAUUUCCUGGUGGCAAUCCACAAAAGAUCUACAACUACUGGAUGACGACAAGGCCCACCAGAGAUAUUGAACGGGUUGAUGACGGUCAAAACAGCUGUGGCUGCACUUGGACACAGUUGGAUGGCCGCCGUGGUGCAUCCUUUGUGAGUUUCAACCAGGAGGGCCAGGUCGUUUACGUUCGGGAGGUUUGCGAGCCUCAAGGGCUUGGGGGUAAGUUCAAGGACAACACCUUGAAGAGCCUGCAGACUCUUUUGGGUGCCCAGAACAUGAUUCAGAACAUAUUCUCUGCUCUGGACAGGAUUCUGGUUCAGGAGGAUGCUGAUGAGGGCCCUAAGCCAGUCAACGGUUUGGAGGCUCCUAGGUCUGGCCGCGCUGUCGACGUGGUUCGAUACCUGUGGGAAGAAGCUCAGUGGGAUCCGGUAGAUCCAGUUGAGAAGAUCAUGUCACAAUUCAGUGAGGAUGCAGUUUACGAGGACCUCACUCGAGAAGACCCUGCUUUUGUGGGCUGGGAAGCUAUCAAGAAGUAUCAAGAGGAGACCAAGGAGAACACACCGUCGAACAUGAGGUUUGUCCUGGAUGAGAUGACAGAAGGUGUGAAGGCCUGCACAGCAAUUUGGCACGUAGAGUUCAACACUCGCCUAUCGCCACGCGGUGUGACCUACUACGAACUUAACAACGAGGGCAAGGUGUGCUAUGUUAGAUCUGCCUACGACAUCAGUUUCUAA